UGGUUGCGAUCUCCGCGGCUGUGGCCGAUCGUGAAUGCUGUUCGUUUGUGAUUUGUCCAGGUAAACUAUUGGCAAAAAAUUCCAUCAUAACGUACAUAACGAAUCUUUAAAAGAAUGACAAAAUAUAACACAUCGACCCUACUUGAAGUGGGGUAAGGGCUGGGACAUCAUGAUUAUCUUAAUGUUUUUUUGCGAUUGUUAAGAUGUUUGUUAUAAAUAAAGAAAACGACACCUCGUGUACAAAAGUUUUCUCAGGACUUACGAUUGUAGCAUUAGGUUCCAUUGGAUGAAUUAAAAAUAAGGAAAUGAUUGGGUUGUAAUGAAUCGUCGAACUUUUCGUAAAUGUCGACAAUCAGUCUGCAUAAUUUAUUCCACUAACCUUUUAACACACGAUUCACUUUGAUAUAGGAUGAGAUUUUUUUAUUUACUCAUUAAGAUUUGUUGCUUACAGGGAAUGCUUUGACUUAAAGAUGCAUGAAAAUUCAAUACAGCGUUGGUUUUAAUUGAGGCAUAAUUGGGACUAUCAAAUAUCUUAGGAUGAUUAAACUAAGAUAUAGAUUUCACAUGCUAAGUUUUUUUUCAGUGUUUGAUUAAGGACUUCCUCUCUGAUCCUAGGUAUAAUGCAAUGACAAUGGUAAAAUGGUUUGUAUGUCUUAUUUAAGCAAAUGUCUAAUGACUCGAAAUUGAUGGAAAAUAAUGGUUUACCAAGAAAAGAACACGCUGUAUAACUUACUGAUAAGUUUAGGUCCUCACGCUAACCCUUGUAACAUUUACUACAUGCUUUGUAAUAUGAAUUGUUAGGAUGGUCACGCGGCCACCUGACUCGCACAGUUUUAAUUAGAUUUUAAAUAAUAACUGCUAUUGAUUGAAUAUCGGAAAUUAUUAUACGAAUUAUGAUCAGCACGUCAUUUUUGGAGGGAGCCUUACAUGAAGUGCAUGUAAGGUCGCAAUAUGAAGAUAUGGGUAUUGGUUAUAUUAUAUUUUUGGGGUCGAGGAAGUGCAGAAGACUUUCCAUCGUUGAUUACAGCGAAUGCUUCAAUUGUCCUGGACAGACAAUUCCUAGGAGAGCAAUAUCAGUCAAUGCUGGAACAACUAAAAGAUUACAUCAAGGAAUUGGUGCGGGUUGAUCUGAAACAUGGCGGUGUGAUCGUCCAUUAUUAUUCUUGGACUUCAAUCAGUCUGAAAAAAGGCUUUAUAGCGGUCUUCAGUGUGGCAUCUUGCGAGGACACGUGGUCUUUAUUCUCGAGAACCGAAGAGGAGGAGUUGCUUCUAUUCGCACUGACAGAAGUUGACUGUCCUCGGCUGCCAGUGGACAGAGCGCUAACGGUUACUUACACGGUGCCGGGGCAAGAGUUGGCACAACUGAUGUUGGAUUUGAGGACGACGAAAGAGAUUAACUGGAAAUCCGCCAUCAUACUACAUGAUGCUACGUUAAACAGGGACACAAUAUCGCGUGUUGUCCAGUCACUGACGCGGCAAAUUGACGACGAGAAGGUGUCUUCAGUAUCAGUGUCUGUGUACAAGAUGAAUCACGAAGUUAAUGAAUAUUUAAGGAAGAAAGAAAUUCAUCGAGUGUUGUCCAAAUUGCCAGUUAAAAAAAUUGGUGAGAACUUCAUAGCAGUGGUGACUUUAGAGGUUAUGUUGGCUAUAGCCGACACAGCGCGCGAGCUGGCACUAUCGCACGGGCAAGCGCAGUGGCUGUACGUGGUGGCAGACACAAGCGCGCGCAGUGGCGACCUCACCGCGGCUAUUGAUAUAUUAUAUGAAGGAGAAAAUGUUGCUUAUAUUUACAAUGUCACUGAUAAUAGUACGGAUUGUAAGAAUGGCUUGAUGUGUUAUUGUCGGGAGAUGAUGAAGGCUUUCAUAUCUGCAUUGGACUCGGCGGUGCAAGACGAGUUCGAUAUAGCAGCUCAAGUGUCGGACGAGGAGUGGGAAGCGAUUAGACCAACGAAAUUGCAACGGAGAAACGAUCUUUUGAAACAUAUACAGCAACAUAUGCAAGUGAACAGCAAAUGUGGUAAUUGCACCAGUUGGCGGGCAACGGCGGCAGAUACCUGGGGCGCCACCUAUCGGCAAGUAGACACCGCGACAACUAACGCUAACAAUACCAAGGGAGUUAUAGAAGAAGUUAAAAUGUUACAAGUUGGUACCUGGCGGCCGGCAGAUGGCGUGAGGUUCAAUGAUGUUCUGUUCCCUCAUGUCGCGCAUGGCUUCCGAGGGAAGGAGUUGCCUAUAAUUACCUAUCACAACCCUCCAUGGACGAUUCUGCAGACGAACGAAUCAGGGGCUAUCAUCAACUACGGCGGCCUUAUUUUUGAUAUCGUCAAACAGCUCGCACGGAAUAAGAACUUUACAAUCCGGCUAUUACUGGCGAAUAAUUUUAAAAAGAACUAUUAUAACAGCACGACUAUAGACAAGAUUCACAGCCAAAAUGGCAUGUUAGCAAUAUCAGCGGUUGCUAAGGGGCAAGCGGCGUUGGGCGCGGCCGCGUUCACUAUACUGCCGGACGUGACGUCAGGUAUAAACUACACGUUAGCAGUGAGUACACAGCCUUAUGCGUUCCUAAUCGCUCGUCCUCGGGAACUCAGCCGAGCUAUGCUCUUCCUGCUGCCUUUUACUGCUGACACGUGGUUAUGUUUAGGGUUCGCAGUAGUUCUUAUGGGGCCCACAUUAUACGUGGUUCAUCGUCUUAGUCCUUAUUAUGAAGCUAUGAAGAUAACGCGACAAGGAGGUUUGUCUACGAUCCACAAUUGUCUAUGGUAUAUUUAUGGAGCAUUGUUGCAACAAGGUGGUAUGUAUCUCCCUCGAGCGGAUAGUGGUCGUUUAGUUGUUGGAACUUGGUGGUUAGUUGUGUUAGUGGUCGUGACUACUUAUUCGGGAAACCUGGUCGCUUUCCUCACAUUUCCUAAGCAGGAGGUACCUGUUACAACGGUGGCUGAACUGCUGGAAAAUAAAGAAGUUUAUACGUGGUCGAUUAAAAAGGGAACUUAUUUAGAAAUGGAAUUAAAGAAUUCAGAUGAACCCAAAUAUAUUUCUUUACUCAAAGGCGCGGAAUUAUUGACGUCCGUUGCCAGUGUCGAAGGAAAUCAUCGUUCAGUUUUAGAUAAAUCGACAUUGAAUCGAGUUCGUAAACAAAGACAUGUGAUAAUAGACUGGAAGAUGAGACUGAGUUAUGUAAUGCGAGUCGCCACCCUCGCCACUGAUAGAUGCGAUUUUACAAUUAGUGCGGAGGAAUUUAUGGACGAAAAAGUGGCAAUGAUUGUUCCAGCUGGUAGUCCUUACCUUCCUGUCAUUAACAAGGAGAUAUACCGUAUGCAUAAAGCAGGUCUAAUAACCAAAUGGUUAAGUAACUAUUUACCGAAACGUGAUCGUUGCUGGAAGACCACGAUGGCAUCACAAGAGAUCGACAAUCACACUGUUAAUUUAAGAGACAUGCAGGGAUCAUUCUUUGUGUUAUUUCUAGGGUUUUUCUUAGCUUUUAUAGUACUCUUAAUGGAGUGGAUGUAUAGGACGAAGAAGAACAGGAACGAAAAUAUUAUCAUCAAGCCCUACACUGAAUAAAAUAUAUUUUUUACAUAAUUGAUCAUUAAUGUACAAUUGUGAGUGUUAUUUUCCUGCGUUGGAUAAAUGCUUGUCAU